GUCCACUUCUGACGUCGCGUUACCAAUUCCUAUUCUUAAAUUAAUCAUCUUUCCUUCUACCACAUGUAGGAGAGAGCUAAACGCAAGCGUUGUGCUGACUCUUGCUUUUUAAUACAAACAAUUCUCACUAAACCUCAGUCGACCUUCUUAAGGUAUCCGACAAGGACCUGCCAGUAAAUCCAUGUCGGAAAAACCUACCUCUCCGCGCCCGUCGCGAGGCGAGUCACCGCCCCCUCGCAAACGAAGCCGAAGUGACGAUCGGAGUCAAUCGCCACGUCGCAACCGCGAUCGGCGAGACAGGAACGACAACCAAAGAAUGGAUAGCUACAGAUCGCGCGGCGAUGAUCGGCGUAGAGGUGGUGACCAUGAUUCCUGGAGGGGUCAACGAGAUCGGAAUCGAGACAACGGUUAUGAUCGACCAGGACGCGACCCAGCAAGACGAGCUGAUGAUCGCGAAGACAAGGGCUCGGACCGAGGACAGGGAGAUGGGAAGGAAGGAAGAGAACAAGAUCGACCCCGGCCGAAGAAGAGCUUUGGAGGGUUCAAAUUCAAGGAUAAGCGUCGUGAUGAUCCAGAAGACGAUGAUCGGCGUGGUGGCUCAUUUAGAGGUUACCGAAACCGCUCCCAAUCACCGCGGCGCCGAGAUCGCGACCGUGACCGGGAACGUGAUCGUGACGCUGGAGCUUCUUCAUCCACCAAGAAGUCCAAGUCCAAAUCUACUGGUGGGGAUACUACUCAACCCCCUGCUCGAGCACCCGCAGCACCAACUGGUGGUGGUGAAGAGAUGAUCAUUGUCCAUGUGAACGAUCGAUUGGGGACCAAGGCAGCUAUCCCAUGUUUCGCAUCGGAUCGUAUUAAAGAAUUCAAGAUCAUGGUCGCGGCGCGAAUCGGUCGAGAACCCCACGAGAUCUUGCUAAAGAGACAAGGACAACGCCCGUUUAAGGACAUGCUUACCCUCGCUGAUUACGAGGUUAGUAAUGGGGUCCAAAUUGACUUAGAAGUCGAUACCGGCGAUUAGUUGGUGGAUGGAUGCGUAUUGGGAUUCAAGAUUCCCAUUCGAGUCGUUAAAUCGAGUCAUCGGCGUUCUCAUAGUUACCCGACCAACCACGGUGAUGCCGAUAUCCUUCCCAUCAUUCGAGUUCGUGUCUAAAAUCAACGUCAAACGAAGUUAUUAGGGCCCUUUUUGAAUCUUAUGUGUCUUGGAGUUCCUAUUGUGGAAUUAUGAAUUAAAUGCCUCUGGCAAACUGCACCUAAUUACACCUGUGCCGUACGUAUCCUUCGCUAACAUGGCCUCCUCUAGAAUACACAUUUGAGCGAGGACCAGGGAGUUUCUUCGCGAAUUAGUUGGGCAGCGGCCCCCUGGACCUUUGCUGAUCCAUCCGUAUCUGUUCCUUUUCUCGUUCCAGUCGUGCAAUCUUGGCGUCUAAUUCUUGAAUCCUGAGCCUCAACGUCAUAUUCUCAUCACUCAGCUCCGCCUUAAUGCAGGCCCUCUCAUCUUCCUUCCAGUCUAUAGAGGAGAGAAUAGGUUAGAAGGUCACAGAAUGCAGCAUACUUGGGUAGGGAACGACCUACGGCAAAAACAUUUAUGAUCCAGUUCCUCUCUGCCGACAUCCCUACAGCAUGG